AUGUCUGCUCCUUCUCUCUCUGCUCUCCCCGAAGAGCUUCAGAUUCAGAUCUUGGGAUACAUAUACAAAUAUUCCCUCAUCGACCUUCGUCUCGUCAGCCACACAUUCUGCCGCCUCAUCACACCAAUGAUCUUUCGCGCCAUCCGUUUCCGCGCUCAUAGAGAUGAGCCACAGCGUUUCAUCAACAUCGCCAUGACGGAACAUCUCAGAUGCCACGUGCGAGAAGUCACUUGCGAUACAUGGACAGGAUCUUUUCCGAUACAUAAACGCCGGGAGUUCAUAGCCAAGUUCCUCGAUGCUAUUCCUUCCAUCUCCGUGUUUCCUAAACUCGACACUUUCAACAUACGUCUGGAGCACGAUAGAUCUUAUAUCUACCAAGAUACGCAACAAAGAGUGUUGGAGAUGGUGUUUCACUGGCUGGAGAAUGCCUGGAAGGUACAUGAUUAUGUUCACAAGGACACAAGGACUUCACCUAAGUUGACCAAUCAACAGGCUCAGACUGGCACUCCACAUCCUAUCAAGACCCUGACGAUCUCGAAUCUUGUUGAUGUUAGCCGCAUCAAAGCGCUUCCUGCUUUUCAAUCAGUCAUGAACUCGGGAGCUCUGAAAGACCUGCGCAUCAGCGUAGGUAAUCUUGAUGACCCUCAAGUCAUCACUACAAAGCAGAAGAGCAGCCAAAAUAUCCACCACGAUCUUCUUGAUAUAGUACUCGCCCCCAGCAUCGCCAGCAAUCUCCAGGUCCUGUCCCUGUUUUCCCCAGACUUGUGGGGAUGGCUUCCUAACACUGACUUCCGCCUGAUUGGUGCCAACGAUAUGCCCAACCUCAAGGUUCUCGCUUUGGGAAACUUUGAGUUCAGUCAAUGGUGGCAAGUCGAGUGGAUCGGAUCCCUUGGCAUGGAGAAGCUUUAUCUCGAUGAUUGCACAGUUCUGCACUCGGAUCGCAAUCGGGCGGUUUGUCUUUGUCAAGAGGAGGCCGAGCGGGUGAAACGUAAUGCCUGGCGUGAGGGCUCAACCUACCAUACACACACCCGCUGGCACCACAUCUUUGAACACUGGGCCAACACCAUGCCGAACCUCCGCGUCUUUAAAAUCGGACAGGGCUGGGGCCUAGACGGCGGCAGUGCUUGGAAGGCAAUUGAUCCGACCUACGAGGGGGAUUUUUACGAAUACGUCGAAGAAGACCACGAGGUUAUAUUCCAGCCGUUCCAAGAUACCAGCCAUCUGCACUUUGAGUGUCCUCACCCCUUUACCACGGGCACUGGAAUUCGACGCUAUGGAUCUGAGGCGGUUCAGGAUUUUGGCGCGGUUUUCCAGUACGUGGAGCAUGUUGAGGAUGGGGGCCACCCUUAUACUGAUAGUCCUGGUGAUGGGAAGGAAAUCAUGAGGGUUAGUUGCGAGGAGAAGGACAGGGAUCGGAAGGCAUUUGAUAAGUUUCUGACAGUUGUUGAUACGAGGCGAAAAGGGCUGGUUGGCAAGGAGUAG